CUGGGGGGAAAAAAGCGGCCCGGUCGGCGUUGCUAGGCGACGAGAGGCAAGGAGGCCGCGGCCUGCUUGUCGGUAUCCGACGCGGCAGGUUCUCCUUGUUUGACAUUUGAUGAUGGGUGACGUGCUGGCUUAUGAAGCAGAGCUCCUGGGAAUGGUGAAAGAGUAUUUGGAUUUUGCGGAAUUUGAAGACACGGUGAAGACGUUUACCAAAGAAUGUAAAAUAAAAGGGAAACCGCUCCCCAAAACUAGAAGCAAUUCUGCAAAAGACUCCAAGGCUCUAAUCGUUCAGGAUCUGCUGAUGUCCUUUAGUGAUGGAGACCAGGACGUCUUCUUCGAGCUGUGGGAAGAGCGCAUCCCUGCCUCCGUCCGAGAGCAAGAAGCUGUGGCUCAGAAGCUGGAGUUCUACCUUCACAUCCACUUCGCCAUCUUCCUACUGAAGCACGCCGUGGGGAAGCCGGAUAAAGCAGCUUUGGACGAACGGAUUGCGUAUUUCAAAACCUACCUGGAGACCAAAGGGGCAGCUUUGAGCCAGACAACAGAAUUCCUCCCUUUCUAUGCCCUGCCUUUUGUGCCCAACCCUAUGAUCCACCCGUCUUUCAAAGAACUUUUCCAGGAUUCGUGGGAAUCUGAUCUGAAAACGAGGCUGGAAGAAUUCCUGUCAGCAACACUCAAGGCCAGCGACAGCCCGAGGCUCCUGACCUUAUAUAAAGAGAACACGCAGUGCAGCCAAGAAACGUUACAGCAGCUCCACCAACAGCUGGUAGAAUCCGAACGCAAAACCAUGACCUACCUCAAGCGCUUCAACAAAAUCCAGGCCGAUUAUCACAACCUCAUUGGCGUCACCGCUGAGCUGGUGGAUUCUCUGGAGGCCACGGUGAAUGGCAAGAUGUCCAAGUGCGAGGUUGUGCGCCAGUACACCGCCCGGCUCAUCAAUGCGUUUGCCUCCCUGGCUGAAGGCCGCCUCUACCUUUCCCAGAAUCCCCGCUUGCUCCGCAUGCUGGAAGGACGGUUGAAAGCGGAAGAUAAGUUCUCCCUUACCCGGGAGAACGUCCUGGGAGCUUUGCAGAAGCUCAGCCUCAGGCGGGCUUUGCAGUCGACGAUGAUUAAGGAUGGGCUCAUACCAUGGUUGGUGGAGGCCCUAAAGGAUACGGACUCCAUGUCUGAUUACACCCUGGCCUACUCCGUCGCUUUGCUCAUGAACCUCUGCCUGCGGAGUUCAGGGAAGAAGAUGUGUGUGAAAAUUGCAAACGAGAUUCUCAAAGUUCUCUCGGAUCUCCUUGGCCACGAGAACCACGAGAUUCAUCCCUAUGUAAAUGGAGCCCUUUACAGUAUCCUUGCUAUUCCAUCCAUAAGAGACGAAGCUCGAGCCAUGGAAAUGGAAGACAUUCUCCGAUGCUACAUCGAGGAAGGAAAUGCCGAUAUGAUCCAGCAGAUUGAGUUUAUUAUCAAGCAGCUGCAAUCAGAAGAACCGCCAGACGACAGCGCAGAAUCUGACGAUGAGGAGAAGGAAGACAACGCUGAAGAGGACCACAACGGCAUGGAAGCCGAUCUGGACAAGGACGAAGUCUUACAAGCCCAGCAGGGUGAACUUUCCGGAGAAAAACUCCUGACCACCGAAUAUUUGGGGAUCAUGACCAACACGCCAAAAGCACGGAAGAAGGCCAUGCCCAGCUUCCGCCACAGCGUGGACGAGCCUCUCCAGAGACCCGUGACCCCUGGCUACCACAGGGCACACUACCCAACGUUGGAAAUGAAGCUGCGUCUUCCAGCAGCGACAAAGAGAUAUACGCUCCACGGUGCUCAAAUUCCCGCCUCCGACACGCAGUGGGAAAGGUCCAGCUUUCAGAGAUCCCAUUCUCCUCGUCAUUUGAAACCGAAUCUCCCGGAAGUUCUUUGAUGUGCGGUGGAGCUGACCCGGAUGUCCAGUCAGUUGCUGAAGUUCUGAUUCUUCACUCGCCCGGUUCUUCCCAGGACAGUGGAAACAGCUGGCCAAACAGCGCAUCCCACCCGGGCUUUGCCCGCAAACCCAAACUGCCCUGCGCCCCGGAUUUCCAGAACUCCGGCCCGCCAGAGGGAAGCUCCCAUCCAUCGCCCCCCACUUCUGCCGUCUGAACCCCACCCAGCCCUCGCCCCAACUCUUUCGGAAGUCCACGAGAAACAAGCAAAGCAGCCACUCUUCCAGGAGGUGAGGACAGAGCCCUUCCUCAGGAGGCCCCCAGCCCGAAGACAGCCACAAUCACCGUGCUGUAAUUGAAGCCCUGGCAUCUUCCUGGCACCCCACUAGACGAAGCAGGAGAUUAGCCUGAAUGCCGACACUCUACACCCUGUGGCUCAGAGACUAUCUGAUAGGACGUGGGGUUUUUUUUUCGGACUUGGUCGAAAGACGGGAUCCGUUUCUGGAAUCGGAGAAGUCUGAAAUACACGCAGCUUUUGUAGCCUGAAAAGGAAACGACAAAAAUGGCAUCUGUCCUCACGGGAAACGCCGAAGAAUGCCCAGCUGAGCUUCACAACCUUCUCGGUGGAACGGAAUGGGGGUAUCUUUAAGCCAUGAUUGGCACACGAUUCAAAGUUUAGCAGAACCUUCUUGGGAAUCCCAAUUGGUGAGACAACGAUGAAGUCGGUGUUCGUUCAGAGAAUGGAAAGAGCUGGAAGAGAUAUCUAGAAUGUUCCAUGCAGGCGUGGCUCUGCUUUUGAUCUCCCACCGGUCUUUCUUGAAACGUAGAGGACCCCAGAAAUGGCCUUGAAACUACUGUACAGGUAGUCCUCGAGUUACGACCACAAUUGAACUCCAAAUGUAUGUGGCAAAGUGAAAUAUUUGU